AUGGCCAUGCACCCUCUCUCCCAGGGGCACCCACAGGCCUGGCCAUGGGGGGUAGCCAUGUACACGAACCUGCACUACCACCACCAGUACGAGAGGGAGCACCUGUUUGAGAAGCCCUUGACGCCCAGUGAUGUGGGCAAGCUCAACAGGCUGGUGAUUCCCAAGCAGCACGCGGAGAGGUACUUCCCCCUGAACGGCGGUGACUCCCCCGGCGAGAAGGACCUGCUCCUGUCCUUCGAGGAUGAGGCCGGCAAGCCAUGGCGAUUCCGGUACUCGUACUGGACGAGCAGCCAGAGCUACGUGCUCACCAAGGGCUGGAGCCGGUACGUCAAGGAGAAGCAGCUCGAAGCAGGAGACGUCGUGCACUUCGAGAGGGUGCGCGGCCUUGGCACCGGCGACCGGCUCUUCAUCGGCUGCAGGCGCCGUGGCGAGAGCGCGCCGCCACCGCCUGUGCGUGUACCUCCACCAGCUCUGAGCGCCGGGGAGCAGCAGCCUUGGAGCCCGAUGUGCUACAGCACGUCGGGAUCAUACCCUACCAGCCCUGCCAACUCCUACGCCUAUCGCCGCUCGGUGGAGCAAGAUCACAGCGACAUGCUGCAUGCAGGUGAGUCGCAGAGAGAGGCAGACGCCAAGAGCAGCAGUAUGGCAUCAGCGCCGCCGUCGAGACAUCUCCGGCUGUUCGGCGUCAACCUCGACUGCGGUCCGGAGCCAGAGGCAGAAGCAACGACGCCAAUGUACGACUACACCCACCAGAGCCCCUACGCUGCAGUGGCCAUGGUGCCAACUUACUGGGGCAGUUCAUAA